GUUGUUAUUGGCUGAAUUCUUGGUACCUCAAACCAAUUGUGAGUGUAAGCCAAUACUGCAAGAGCUUAAUAACGAUUGCGAUUACCAUAAAGAUAAGAUCAAAGUUUCUUAAUACUGUUAUGUUUAGUGUUAUUUUAAAUUUGACGUUUUGCAUUGUAGACUGUAGUGUAAACAAUAAAGAAAAUUAAUAUUCGAUAAGUUUGCAUUUAAUUAGAACAAGUUAAAACAUUUUUACUGGUAAAUAUACACUCUUCAAAUAUGUUGAAAGCUGUGAUACUCAUUGGUGGACCUCAAAAAGGCACAAGGUUCCGUCCUCUCUCAUUAGACACGCCGAAGCCACUGUUCCCCAUCGCUGGACUCCCAUUAAUACAGCAUCAUAUUAAAGCAUGUAAAAGACUGGCACUCUGCAAGGAGAUACUUAUUAUUGGUUCCUAUACCACAACAACUAUGGCACAAUUUGUUAGUGAUAUGCAGAUAGAGUAUAGCCCUGUUAUAAUUAGAUAUCUACAAGAGUUUACUCCUCUCGGUACUGGCGGAGGUUUGUACCACUUUAGGGACCAGGUUAGAGCGGGCAACCCCACUGCAUUCUUCCUGUUAAAUGGAGAUGUAUGUGGUGACUUUCCACUUGAAGAGCUGUGGGCUUUCCAUGAAGAAAUACCCAAUGCUUUGGUAACAAUAAUGGGCACAGAAGCGACCCGUCAGCAAUCAAUCCAUUACGGUUGUAUGGUCCAAGAACCCACCACUAACGCUGUGACACAUUAUGUAGAGAAACCAAACAGUUAUAUAUCUACAUUAAUCAAUUGUGGUGUUUAUGUGUGCUCAUUGCAAGUAUUUCACACUAUGGCAGACGCUUUACAAAAUGAAAAAGGUGGAUUUUACAGCAGAAACGGCCAAGGCAGUCCGCCUCCCGGUUAUAUGUCGUUCGAGCAAGACGUCUUGGCGCCACUGGCGGGGACUAAUAAACUAUACGCUAUGCAGGUAGGCAACUGGUGGUCUCAGGUCAAAACGGCCGGUUCAGCGAUCUAUGCGAACCGCCAUUAUCUGGAAAUCCAACCUUGGUUGAAGCAAAAGCCUUGUCAAAUCUUGCCCUACGUGUAUAUACACCCGUCGUCUGACGUCGACAGUACUGCAGUGAUAGGACCUAACGUAUCGAUAGGAGAGGGGGUCACGGUUAAAGCUGGCGUACGGAUAAAGGAAUCUAUUAUAUUGAACAACGCAACGAUAAAUGAGCAUGCACUGGUGAUGUAUUCAGUUGUUGGUCAAGGUGCAUCAGUGGGUGAGUGGUCACGCGUGGAGGGAACUCCUUCCGAUCCCGACCCGGACAAACCGUUCGCUAAGAUGGACAACGUACCGCUGUUUAACAGUGAAGGCAGGCUCAACCCGUCCAUCACUGUGUUAGGUUCCGGAGUCGUGGUCCCAGCGGAAAGAAUCGUUCUGAACUCAAUAGUUCUACCGCACAAACAAUUAUCUAGGAGUUUCAAAAACGAGAUCAUUUUAUAGUGUAAAUAUAUAAUAAGUAGUAAUGUAACUCUUGACAAUAUACAAUUUUAUUUUAUUUAAAAUAAUAUUAUAUAAAAAAUGUUAUUUAUAUUAUAAAGAGGCAUUGGUGGUAACUAUAGAUAAAUUUGUAUAUGUGUCUCUGUUUUGUAUAUAGCCAGUGAUUUUAAUGAAAAUAGGGUUUGCUUUCGCACAAUUCUAAUAACAAUGUUGAGAUUUUGAUUGGGAACUUUGAAUUUACUGAGUCAAAAUUGAGAGAUAUAUCUCGGAGUUCCAAAUGUUUUUCAAUUCAGGGUACCUAUUGUGACCUACGUGUACUUGUUUACGCGAGAGAGUUAACUAUUGUAUAGUAAAAGAGCUCCAUCUAGUUAGAAUAGUGGGAAACAGUACUUUCACUUUAGAUUCCAUAUUUCUUGUGUCAUGUGUAUGGCAGAAAAUCGAGACAGCGCCAUCUAGUUAAAAUCCUAUUUCCCGGGACUUUAACUAGAUCGCGCUGUCUCGAUUACAUACGAAACGUAGUUAACUUUUACGCCUUCGAAUAGACGUAGGUAGAAAAUCUCAGACAGGGCACUCAGAGCAAAGUCAAAGUAUGUUUCACUUUAUAGAUCACAGCCCAAAUAACAUAUCUAUUUCGCAAUUAGGUACUGGCAUGCAGGUAAUAAGGUCACAAUUGUGUGUAAGCUACUUGUUAAACACACACAAACGUAAGGCUUACAUAAAACCGCACCCCACGCGACGCCACGUGUAUCGAGACAAAUCAAAACGAUGUCAUUUCGUGUCAAACUAAUAAACACGUGACUUGUUGUCAGGUAUUAGUUUUGGUAUGGUUUCUUGGCAUACACAAGUAAAUAAUCAAUGAAAUUAACUCAUACUCAUAACAUAUCUUGCUAUUCAGAGCUUAUAACUAUGUAAAACAAUAAACAUAAAUCAGUCUAGAAGCAUAAUCCGACCGUUACGUAGUGGAUAAAACAUCACAAAUUUUAUUCUCGACGGUUCGUUCUUUAUUCAUAUCAGUUAAAAUGUGAGAACAAUAUCAGGUACUGAAAUCAGCAAGGUAAAGUGUGUAGGUUGACUGGGUGGAUUGACCGCUCGUUUUCGACUUCGCAUUAAGCAUUACGGCCUGAAAUUGAUGGGGCGCAUGAGAGUACAAUCUUAGUUUAUAUAAUAACACACUGUACACGUUCAAAAAACACCAAUUAAAGAGCGGUUUAUAUAACGUUUAAAGAUCGAUUUGUUUAUCCGAAGCCGGUUUUACUUUAAUAAAUGUUGGUUAUUUUUAAUUAGUUGGUUGCUUUUUGUACCAUCAAGCCUGAUUUGACUCAACACGCUAGAGGUCGCGUCGGGUGGCGUUGUGUGUUGCAAAUUAAAUGUUCAUGCCACUCUACUGUUUAUGAGGUCGCUACCAAGUAUUUUAUUAGUGUUUAAAAAUUUAUUUAAAUACGGUACUCGUAUGUGCAAAUGUCAAACUACAUUUUCACAAAAUAUUUACCAGUUAUCUGUUCGUCUCAUCUCUUCAUAAGAAUAAUAAUUAUAGUCGUUUAUAAUUAUGUUUACAUACCUAAACUAGAUAGAAUAUUGUUAAACAAAAAAUUAUGACUUUUUAUAGAUUAUUUUGUAUAUUUUGGUACCUAAGAUUACAAUUUUUAAGCACA